AUGUAGGGCGAAGAAAGGACCGAGCUCCGAAGGGGGAAAGGGUAUUUAUUGGGCCUGCUUUAGGGGGAAGAGAGCGCUUUCUCCAAACGUGGGUUGGGUCAUGACUCCUUAAAGGGUCCGUAGUUUGUACGGUAGAGAUUUUGAUGCUUAAGCCUCUCUCUCUCUCUCUCUCUCUCUCUCCCCGAAUCGUUUCUGUCUGGGCUUUUUGGCAAAGCACCGUACACGACGCUGCUUCCCAUUGCUCGGCACCACCGGUGGCAACCCGCGGUUCACCACUUCGCACAGAACCCUCCAAUUCCGCCGCACUGCCGUGCACGCUUUGAUGGACAAUGACGAACCUGUUGCUCUGCCUUUUGAAGUUGGUCAAAUGACAGAAUCAAGAUCAUUUAUGAAGGGAUUUCGUGGUGCAUGGUUCCAAUGCAAGAUAAAGGAGAUUGGUUUAAGAAAAGGUCAGAUGGGGCAUCAAUUAGAGUAUGUUGACUUUCCUGAUGAAAGAAUAAAAUGGACACAGUUAUAUCAAAAGCCUGGUAAGUCAAGGGAACUAAAAAAGCAAUUGAUGGUUCGUCCUCAGUUUCCUCGCAUCUAUCGUGAAAGUCAAAUGCCUGAUGUCAGUACCAUCUUGGAAGUGGCAGUCAUUGUUGUUGACUCGUGGCAAGUUGGGAAUUUGGUGGAUUGGUGGACUGAUGGUUGCUAUUGGUCUGGAAGAGUAGUUGAACUAUUGGGAGACAAUAAAGUAAAGGUCGAGUUGUUUCCUCCUCCUAUGGGUGAAGGACAAUCAUAUGAAGCCUUAUGCAAGGACCUACGCCCUUCGUUAGAUUGGACACCAGAAUGUGGCUGGACAGUGCCCAUUCCUUUGGAAAAUGGAAAUGUUCAUUCUUGUGCUCGGAUUAUUAAGCCCUUCAACCAAGUUACAGGCGCUCCAGGAAAUAUGAUGGCCCGUGAUGAUGACAAAGGAAGAGAGGGGGUUCAGGCUGCAGCAAGAGCAUCACUCGAGCGUAAUACUUCUUCUUCUUCACAUAUUUCUGGAAGCUUAUCGCAACCUCCAGAUGGAUUUGAACGAAUGGCAAAGCGACCUUGGAGCAUCAAAGCAUCAAAGGAUACACGUACAUCAGAAACAAAUUUCGAGUUAGAUAUGGUAGAUACUGGCAUUGGAAAGACCAGUGGCUCUGAUAGCGUUUCAAGUUCACAUGUUAGAGAUGCACCAACUGAUACGGUGGGAACUGCAGCUGGGAAGGGUAAAAACAAUGACGCUGGGUCUUCAAAGAAGAUGAAACACGGAAGCAUUUCUUUAAAUUCCAUGCGUUCUGACACAGUAGAAGAUGCAGUUAUGGACCUGGAGGAACUUUUGAACAAAAUCAAAUGGGCUAGAGCUAUUUUGGAAUUUGGAAAACCUCUCUCGGGGACCACGCAGAAUCCUUGGAAAUUUCUGGAACACAGGGCAUCAUCAUCUACACCAAAAUGAGCGUUAAAUUUUAUUAAAAGUGAAUGUUUACAUCAUGAAACUGCCUUUAGCCUUCAUCAGUGGAAGUUUGAUGGCCACUUGUUGUGACCUUGGUUAGGAGCGUAGAAUCUACUUGAUGAUUAAGCCUGUAAUUGCUGUUAAUCUCUAAAAACUUUGAAUUAGGUAAAUGCCUGACAAGUAGGUUUGGGAUUAGACUUUUAUUGAAUUAGGCAAAAACCGGUAAUGCCAACUUGUAAAUAUGGCAUCUUUUAUGCAUACUCCUUUCCAUUUAGAGUCACACUUUAAUGACCUUAUCAUAUUUUGAGUGAUUAUUAUUUAAGCGGUGGAAAAAUUUAUUUGAAA